UGCGGAACCGCUCUUGCGCUCCCCAGUCGCUGGGAAUUGAGGCGCUCCCCUUCGUUUGUCGACAGCAGCAGGGCCCUCCGCUCUUCUUCCCCCGCAUGUCGAUCCGGACGACGCAGCGCCCAUCGCUGAUUCCCGCCUCUCCGUCCUCGAGCCUCCCAUAAAGAACGACUUCGGCGUUUUCUGUCUCCUGCCGCCGCAGCCCCGGCUGUGGAGGCCCGGCAAUUCGCGAACAUGAACUUCGACUCGGGCACCGCGUACGCUGAGUCGGACGCCGACGACGAGUAUGAGCGCGAUAUUCACGGAAGCUCCCCUAUCGAUCACACCGACGUCGAACACUCACCCAUCGACUCUGGCCCCCCCUCGGCCGAACACACCCCUACAACCUACGGCUACCGAAACAGUGCAGAUAGACACAUAGAAACCUUGAUUUCCGACUGGUCUGCCGACGACUGCGCCGACUUCAUUGCCUCGAUUGGCCUACAGCAAUACGCAGAUAGAUUCAUAGAAAACGAAAUUGUGGGAGAGGCCCUAGUCGCGUUACAACAUGAUGAUCUCAAGUCGAUGGGCAUUAACAGUGUUGGCCACCGCUUGAUGAUUCUGAAAUCCGUCUACGAUGUGAAGAAGGCUCAGGAUGUCCCUAUUGAGGACGACCACUACAUGCCUCUUACCGCCGCGACCGAAGCGCUAUCGGCAAAUGCUACCCUCAACGACAUUAAGCAUCUCGCUGAGCAGUUGCGUCUGAGAGACGAGCGCAUCAGCCUCUUUGAGCAAGACCUGCGCCGGUUAACCGAAGACUUUAGGAGGUUACGGGAAGAUAUGCUACCGGCAUUGCGACUCGCCAAGGAUGCUCAACAACCGCUACCAAGUGGACCGUCUUACGAAUCUACUUUGUCACCGCCAGCUCCAGCCUCGUCGGCGGGUAGCCAGCCGAGUGCCGGCCUAAGUCGGCAAUAUUCUACCAAGAGGAUCAUGCUUGGGACAACGCCAAAGGCAGUCUCCCCGUCCCAUCUUCAGACUUCCCACGGCCCGACAUACGACUCUUCUGCGACUAGUAGAGGUAUGAUGUCGUCGUCUCACCUUGGCGCCAUGAACGGGUCUAGUGCGAACACCCUCUCCGGUGGUUAUCCGUCACCGAACAUGCCAUCGCCUACCUCUCCGCCCACCACCAACAUGUCAGGCACUACUCUUGAUCCCAGAUCUUAUCGCGGUGACAACCAACCCCCAUCAUCGAGCCGAUCCACAUUUGGCGAUAACGAUCACUACGGUUCUCAAGACAAACAACCUGUGUCCGCUCCCCGCAGAGGACAGACGCCGGCACCUGAUACCCCUGGUUCCGCGAGCAACGCGUCCGUCGAGAUCUUCAAGUCGUUCAGGGUCAGUAUGGAUGACCCGUGCUAUAAAGUUCUUCCGGCAGCGCUCAAAAAGUACCAAAUCAACGCCCCAUGGGAUCAAUACGCUCUGUAUAUCGUAUAUGGCGAUCAAGAACGGUGUCUGGGACUGGACGAGAAGCCUCUCAUAUUGUUCAAGCAAUUGGACAAGGAAGGAAAGAAGCCCAUGUUUAUGCUAAGGAAGACGAACAACGCUCCAGCUGAGGAACAACCCGGGAGCGCAGGACUAUCGGCUGCUGCUCGCGGGGCGACGGCCGUCUACGAUCCACCGGGAGGUAUCAUAUAAGUGGAUAGUUGGGGGAGCGUAAGAGGGACUGCGAAGAUGCUGGA